AUGGAUUGGGCAAGCCUCAAGGACAUUCAGAGAGAAACUAUGUAUCUGAUGGUGGGAAGCGACAUUGCCCACAUUGACAAGAAGAGUGUGCAUAGAGAAAGAAUGCACUCAGUGGAUUACUUCAGAGUAGGGGGGUCGCGUGUGAUAAAGGGCAGAGCGAAGUAUCUAUGUUCUUGCGGGUACGAGAUAUGCUGGCACAUCAUAAGGGUUGUCCUCUUCGCCGAGGUCGGUACCGGAAGAUAG